AUGUGUCAUGGCUUCAUGCGUAAAGAUAACUGGGAUAUACCUGGAAAUGACACAUUACCUUCUCCCGUAAAACAACCUGAUUAUGCCAGCUGUUGCUCACAAUGUCAAUCAACUUCUGGAUGCAUUGUUUUUACGUAUUCGCCAUCAAGUCAAGGGUGUUGGCUGAACACAAGUAUGGGUAGUGGUGGAAACUCAACUGGCGAUAACAUUAUUGGUUACUAUUUCCAUCCACUACGUGAAAGUUCCAUCGACAUUCAUCCAAAUACUCGAUGGCAAGAGAAUGGUCUCACUGUGGCUGGAGGCAAUGGACCAGGUAGUUUACUCAAUCAAUUGCUUUAUCCAUGGGGUUUGUAUGUUGACGAUGAUGAAACAAUCUAUGUCGCUGAUUAUACGAACCAUCGUAUUAUGAAAUGGGAACGGAAUGCAACGAGUGGCCAAGUGGUUGCUGGUGGAAAUGGACAAGGGAACGGAACUCGUCAAUUGAAUUACCCAUAUGAUGUAAUUGUCGACAAGGAGAGAGAUCGUCUCAUCAUCUGUGAUUCUUUGAAUAGAAGAGUGGUUGGCUGGCCUCGUCUAAAUGGAAAAAGUGGAGAAACAAUUAUCUCUGACAUCGAUUGUUGGGGUUUGACAAUGGACGAGCAUGGAUCUCUCUAUGUCGUUGACCAUGAAAGACAUGAAGUAAGACUAUAUAAAAUUGGUGACACUAAAGGAACAGUGGUUGCAGGUAGAAAUAGAGAUAUAUAUCUUCUCAAUCACCUCUCUGAACCCCGCUACGUAUUUGUCGAUCAAGAUUAUUCAGUAUACGUGUCUGAGUGGGGAAAUAAUCGUGUAACGAAAUGGGUGGAAGGGAAAGAGUCAGGCAUUGCCGUAGCUGGUGAUGUAGGAUCCGGAAAUGGUCUUAGACAAUUGUCAGCUCCUAAAGGAGUCGUUGUUGAUCAAUCUGACACUGUCUAUGUAGCUGAUGAUGAGAACGAUCGAAUCAUGCGUUGGCCUAAAGGAGCCACAGAGGGAAGUGUCAUUAUUGGCGGAAAAAGUAGGGGAGGAGAAUCCAACCAACUUAAUGGACCCAUCGGUUUGUCAUUCGAUCGAUACGGAAAUCUCUAUGUCGUCGAUAGUGGCAAUCAUCGAGUACAAAAAUUUAAAAUCGAGUGA